AUGAAGAAACCGAUUCUGGCCAACCUUAAAGUGUUUGGAUGCCACGCGUAUGUUCAAGUGCCUCAAGACAAACGCGCGAAGUUCGACUCCAAGUCAUCACUCUGUCGUUUCCUGGGAUACGCCGAACACCAGAAGUCAUAUCGAUUUGAGGAAGUGUCAACAGGAGCGAUCAAGAUCAGUCGCGAUGCCACAUUCAUGGAAGACAAGUUUGAUGAAGGUCCGCGCAACUACAACGAUGAGUCAAGUGUCGUUGAGUUUGAUGAUCAUGAUGAGGACGAAGAAAAAGAAGAAGGUAAAACUGACGACGACAUGGACUCGAGCGACGAUGACAACGAAGACACCAGGUCUUCGAAGAGCAACAUCAAGAGACACACGCGCACUCAAUCACUUGAGAAAGCUACCGUCAUUCCAAGUCCCAAGCGAAGAACAUACAGAGGUCCGUCGCUUGAGCAUGUGUCAGCGGCUGCAAUGGAUUUUGAAGCAGCCUACAUCGUUGAUUCAGUGGGGGAAACGCCGACUACAUUCAAGUCGGCGAUGGAAUCAAGCGACUCCGGCAAGUGGAAAGAAGCGUGUGACUCGGAGUUCGACUCGCUUCAGAGAAACGACACGUGGGAAAUCGUGCCUCUUCCGAAAGGUCGCAAGGCCAUCGGGUGCCGAUGGGUUUUUCGUGUAAAGGAGAAUCAAGAUGGCGAAGUUGAGCGUUUCAAGGCAAGACUUGUGGCCAAAGGAUUCUCACAGAAAUUCGGAGUUGACUAUGAAGAAACUUUCGCACCGGUGGCCAAGUUCACAUCGAUUCGUGUGGUGCUCAGUAUGGCGGCUAAGUACGGCCUAAUGCUACAUCAGAUGGACGUCAAGACAGCGUUUCUUAACGGCUCCCUCAACGAAGACAUCUACAUGGACCAGCCGGACGGAUACCUGGAUGCAACACAGCCGGACUAUGUGUGCAAGCUAAAGAGAUCACUCUACGGCUUGAAGCAAUCGCCUCGCAUGUGGAACCAAACAAUCGAUGGGUUCAUGAUCAAGAUGGGAUUCAAGAAGUGCGAAUCGGACCACUGCAUCUACAUCAAGCGAGACGACCAAGACAUGAUUCUCGUGGUACUCUACGUCGAUGAUCUCAUCCUGGCCAGCAGCAACAACGAACUCCUCAAGUCAACCAAGAUGGCGCUGAGCAAACGCUUCGAAAUGACGGAUCUCGGUGAGCUCGAUUACUUUCUCGGCAUGGAGAUCAAGAACGACCGUAAGACGGGAAUGGUGACUGUACAACAAACCAAGUUCCUCAAGUCCGUGUUAACCAAGUUCGGAAUGGAUAACAGCAAGCCAGUGAAGACGCCUCAAGAUCCCGGCCUGAAGCUAACCAAGAACAUGUGUGAACAAGAAUGCAAGCACGAAGACACCAUGUGCAACGUGCCAUAUCGAAGUGCUGUCGGAGGCAUCAUGUAUCUCAUGGUCGCCACACGUCCGGAUCUAGCUGCUGCAGUGGGAUCAUUAUCCCAGUUCUCGUCCGACCCAUGCCCGACUCACUGGCAAGCUUUGAAGCGUGUGCUGAGAUACCUGCAAGCAACGCCCAAUCAUGGUCUUGAGUUUACACGUGAAGAAGGAAGCCGUAUCUGCGGGUACACCGACGCAGACUGGGCCGGCGACAUUGAGUCAAGACGAAGUACAAGCGGCUAUGUGUUCAUGAUGAGCGGAGGAUGCAUCAGCUGGAAAAGCCAGAAACAACGGACGGUCGCGCUAUCUUCAACAGAAGCAGAAUACAUGGCGCUUUCCGAAGCAACCAAAGAAGCAGUAUGGCUCAAAGUGCUUUUGGGGGAACUUGGUGAGAUGACAAGCGACGAAGCGAUCAAGAUGUAUGAAGACAACCAAGGAUCAAUCGCUCUCGCCAAGAACCCGGAGUUCCAUAAGAGAACAAAACACAUCGACAUACGCUACCAUUUUGUGCGUGAGAAGGUGGAAUCAGGUGAAGUCGUUUUGGAGUAUUGCCCGACUCAAGAUAUGCUGGCAGACAUGAUGACCAAGCCGAUCGCCGCUGUACAAUUUGAAAACAUUCGCGAUCGACUUGGGAUCCAAGGUGCCGCAGCUAACGAGUCGAGAGGGAGUGUUGAAAAGACAGCGGAUGUGAAGAAGACACCUCGUCAAGCUGCGUCAAGUGUUGAAGCAAGUGGAAGACCAAGCCUCGCUAUACCGGUGGGUACCGGUAUGUACCAGUAA